AUGCUCGAAACCGCGCAGGGCUGGCUGCUCGCCCAGCUCCGGGCAGCCAAGCCUUCUUUUAUGUCCAAGAAGCCUCACUUCAACUUCAUCUCGGCUCACUACUUUUGGAUUGUCAGUCUCACCAUUGUGGGCUCCAUCCUCAUCUUUGCCUCCGCCGGCGGCCAGUUGGCUUACAUUGACGCUCUCUACUUCGCAAGUGGUGCCAACACCCAAGCCGGUCUCAACACAGUCGACGUCAACCUGCUCAACACCUUUCAGCAAGCAUGUCUCUACUUCUUUACCAUGACCUCGAACCCCAUCACCAUUCACUCUUCCGUUGUGUUCCUCCGACUGUACUGGUUCGAGAAGCGUUUUCAAGGAGUCGUCCGCGAGGCUCGCCAACAACGCAGAAACACCAUAUCUAAAUCAAAGUCCCGCGCGAGGGAUGACUUGAACCAGGCUGAGAGGGGCCGCUUGAGCGUGCGCAAUAUUAAGGUUAUGCACACGAAUGGCCACCGCUCGAGAAUGACCAAUGAUGGCAUCCUACUCGACAUGAAGGAGGACGAGGACGGUCGCAUCUCGCCGGGGAGCAACGGUUUUGUUCCCGUCCCCAACACACCGGCACAUAACUCUGGAGAACAGUCGCCAGCUAGAGCGCCCGAAACCCAAGAAGAAACCGGAACGGAUAUCACCCAAGGUCGAAUCACGUUUGCCCAGCAUGUAUUCCGAAGCGACGGCACGGAACCGGAAGUCAAGCUCCCAUCACCGCACUCGCCCGCUCAUUUUGCCAUUCUUGAGCGCCAACGGGCCGGGCCCGAUGAGACACUACGAAUUCCGAACCCCAGAGACGCGGAGAGGGGCAUGAAGCCGAAGCGAGUCGAGGACGAUGCGGCACCUGAACCCGAAGACGAGGGAGACGGCAGUAUUCCGCAUAUCCACGUUAACGGCGAAGCGAACAACUUGUCGGAUGAUAUCGGCAACAAUGUCCACCGCCCACAAACGAUCAAGAUCGAGGAGCCCGAGCGACCCAGGGAUACCGAGAGAACGGUCAAGGACGAGAUCGCGGAUGAAGCCGAGGUGAUUGGUAGAACCAUCUUUCCCUUCUCGCUUCGUAAGCCCAAGAAGUUCUUCAAGGGUGGCAGCAGCGACAACGGCGAGGGCAGCACCUCUGAGAACCCACUUGCGAGAGUCAGGAGCAAGACAUUCGACACCAUCAGGACUGCAUUGACCCGCGAAAAGGUCGAGGACAUGCCGUACCUGAGUUUCACGCCUACAACGGGACGCAACUCGGCCUUUCCGGGCUUGACCAUUGAGCAACGCGAGGAAUUAGGUGGUAUCGAAUACCGGUCCCUGAGGACACUAGCCGUCAUCUUGCUCUGCUACUUCUGGGGCUUCUCGCUUUUCGCCAUCACCUGCUUCCUCCCGUGGAUUUACACGAGUUCCAAUUCCAAAUAUGCCGCCAUCGUGGAGAGUUCGGGUGUCAGCAAGGCCUGGUGGGGAAUCUUUACAGCGAACUCGGCCUUCAACGAUUUGGGACUCACUCUUACGCCUGACAGCAUGAACUCGUUCAACGAUGCGUCGUUCAUCCUGUUGAUCAUGUCUUUCCUGAUCAUUAUUGGCAACACCGGCUUCCCCAUCAUGCUUCGAGUCGUCAUUUGGAUUCUGAGUAAGAUCGUGCCAAAACGUAGUGGACUAUGGGAGGAAUUACGCUUCUUGUUGGACCAUCCGCGUCGAUGCUUCACUCUGCUUUUCCCGGCAGGCGCUACCUGGUGGCUGUUCAUCAUUCUCAUCGGCCUCAAUGUUCUUGACCUGUUGUUCUUCGUCCUGCUGGAUCUGAACGAUAACGCUGUGAGCCACUUGCCGGUGCACGUUCGCAUUGUGGACGGUAUCUUCCAGGCUGCGUCGACCAGAACUGCAGGUUUCUCGGUUGUCAACAUUGCGCUCCUGCAUCCCGCCGUGCAAGUGUCGUAUAUGAUUAUGAUGUAUAUCUCCGUCUUCCCGAUCGCCAUCUCGAUCCGUCGCACCAACGUGUACGAAGAGAGAUCCUUGGGUGUUUACCACAGCCCCGACGAGGACAUGGAGGGCACCAACGAGAAUAGCGCCUGGUCAUACGUCGGUACCCAUUUGCGUCGCCAACUUUCUUUCGAUCUGUGGUACGUCUUCUUGGGACUGUUCAUUCUGGCCAUCACGGAAGGCAAGAGGAUUCAAAACAAGGAUUUCGACGUCUACUCGGUCUUGUUCGAGAUCGUAAGUGCAUACGGUACGGUCGGGCUGAGUCUGGGUUAUACCGGCGUGAACGCCUCUCUCUGCUCUCAAUUUACUACCGGAGGCAAGCUCAUCAUGAUUGCGAUGCAAAUUCGUGGACGCCAUCGUGGCCUUCCCUACGGCUUGGAUCGCGCUGUUCUCUUGCCAAGCGAGUCUCGAUUCGAGAAGGAAGCCGCUGAGGCGCAGCCAGUUCUGGUUCGGUCUGCUACUGCCGCAUCGACGGGAACUGCGCUCAGCGCCACGAGGUCCAACCUGAGGUCGAGAAGGAUGAGCACGAACAGGAGCCAAGGCAACAUCAUCACCCAGUUUCUUCACCCUGGUCCGAUGAUCCCACACGAGGAUAGCCUCACCAAUCUAUCCAGACGUAGCAGAUCGUUUGGAGUCGACGAACGUCCGCCGACGGCCGCGGAUAUGAGGAGGCGCAAUACGGAGCCCGUUGAUGACGAGACUACGGAUACCGAUAGCGACGUGAUUACAGCGCCUGCACGGAGAGUAUUAACUACACCGGCACGCUAG